UUAUCUUUUGUACCCUUUACCCCUUUUCUUAUUUUCUUUUUUUAAUAAACUUUACUUAUUUUAAAGCAACGUGUGUUUAUUCCAGAGAAGGGGUUCAGUUACUAAGUUCAGUCCUGGCUGCUUGACCAAACUACCGUGUACUAGAGGAACAUUUUCACUUAAGACUUCUGAAGGGGCCAGGAGGGUAUUGAGCCUCUGGUCCUGAGAGGCUUGGGUGUUCAGUGGGCUCUGGGGGUCCCUUCACCCCAGAGUGUUUAACCAAUAGAAGGGUGGUGGCAGUACUACCGUGCAGGGUUGGUGUAAGCAUACACAGCCCUAGCAGACCAGGUUGCUAGGAUCAAUUGCCCAAGGUUGGGGAUUGAUUCCUGGGACAGUAAAAGUAGGAGGAGGGGAACUCCCUGCUUUCACUACAUGUUGGCAGCGUUUGGGGUCGAAAAAGACUGAACCUAUCUCUGGUUAAACAUAGUUGUGGAAAAGGUACAAUUGGAUAAAUUACAAUUAUUAAAGAUUCUGGCACAAAGGUUUGUUGUUUUUGGAAAGUCAGGAUGGAUACAAGAUCUAAACAAAAGAAGGCAUUAGAUCAGGUUUCCACUGAGAGUAGUGAUGAGGAACAAACAGAGAUGUUACCUCAAGGCAAUUUUGAAGCAGCAGGAGGCAGCGCAGAGGGGCUGCCAGUCCAAAGCUUUACUCCGGAGGGAGAACGAGCACCGUCACCGGUACGGGGUCGACGGAGUAUGGAUAGCCAAGUUAGCCAGAGUGGGGGUGUGCCACCCAUGGAUAUGUGGGCAGAAAUGCACAACUUCUUCUCGAAACAGAUGGCUCUUAUGACUACCCUUGUACAACAACAACAAGCUUUUGCCCCACCAAGCCAAGGACUGAGGUCUGGCAGAGUGUGUUUGGGAGGAGCGGAUCCAGCAGAUUUUCCGUUUUAUCAAGCGGGAGAGGAUAUCUCCGAGUUUUUUUUAAUCUUUGAGCAAGCGUGUGUGGACCAGUCUUUAGACAAAAAAUACUGGAUGAAAAUUCUACGCACUCAAGGAAAGGGAGAGUUAAGAAGUCUAAUGUGUAAACUCCCGAGAGAGCUAGCUGAUGAUUAUGAAAACUUUGUAAAAUUGGCAACAGCCCAGUUUGCGCUAUCCACCAGGGCAUGUUACCAAAAGUUUGAGACUUUGACAAAAAAAUCAAAAGAGACGUUUUCAGCAUUAAGCGCUCGUACUGCUCAAGCUAUGGAUUUGUGGAUUGCAGCUGCAAAAGCUAAUACUUUUGAGCAGUUAAGGACUGUGUAUACUCUGGAGAAAUUUUACAAAAUGUUGCCAAGAGAGCUUGCCGCAGCGGUGCGAGGCAAAAAGCCAAAAAGCUUGCAAGAAGCCGGUCAUUAUGCUGAUGAACUAGAUUCCUUUCAGGACAAAGAGGAAUUGCCUAAAGCAUAUGUUAAAAAACCGGGCAAUUACAAAGGGAAUCAACCAGCGGGUGGAGGAAGUGAGUGGAAGAAAAAAACGUGGCCAUCUGUAGUUAAGUCGGAGGACAAAGGGGAGAGCUCUGUUCCUGCUGCUGUUCCCGUGCGUCCGCCAGUUUACCAACCGAGUAAAGCAGUUUUGGAGAAUUUAUGCUUUCUAUGUAAACAACCGGGGCACAGAAAGGACCAGUGUUCCCAACUGAGUAAGAAGCAGAAUGUGAGUGUCAGCAAAGGGACUAAAAUAGCGGUAGUACAGAGAGCCCGUGAUUAUGAAGAACCAGGAGGGCAGUCAUCUCCAGAAAUUUCCCGUUGGUCGUCUUCGGAUUCUAAUUCCGACCAGGACUGGGAGUUUUCAGCUCCUAGUACUGAGAAUAGUCCCAUCACCCAAAGGAAAGGAAGUAAACAGACUCCUGCGGAAAUUAAAUUCAAUCACCCAAGUGGAUCCAUACCCCUUACCCAGGAUGGACCAUCUGAUUGAAAGGUUGGGGGCUGCUAAGUUCAUCACCACCUUGGACCUAACUAAGGGUUACUGGCAAGUACCCCUAGAUGAAGAUGCUGUCUUGAAAUCUGCCUUUGUUACCCAUAUGGGCUUGUAUCAAUUUAAAAUGAUGAGUUUUGGGCUUAGGAAUGCUCCUAGUACGUUCAUGAGAUUAAUAAAUUCUGUCCUGAAUGGUUUAGGAGAUUACGCCUGCGCCUAUCUUGAUGAUAUCGCGGUGUAUAGUGGGGAUUGGGAAUCCCAUGUGAAACACUUAAGAACUGUAUUUCAAAGGCUGCAGGAUGCAGGACUUACCAUUAAAGCCCAGAAGUGCCAAUUUGGGUUGGGAGAGGUUUCCUAUUUAGGCCAUAGGGUGGGUAGUGGCUGUUUGAAACCUUUGGAUGCCAAAAUUGAAGCAAUUACUAAUUGGCCAAUACCUCAAACCAAGAAACAAGUUCAGUCAUUCUUGGGUCUUGCUGGUUACUAUCGGCGUUUCACUCCCCACUUCAGUAGUCUUGCCACUCCUUUGACUAAUUUGUGUAAGAAAUGCAAACCAGCACGAGUGGUGUGGUCGUCCGAUUGCCAACAGGCCUUUGAGGCUUUAAAGGCUGCAUUAAUAAAUUACCCUGUUUUAAAAGCCCCAGACUUUGCUGAACCCUUUGUGGUACAGACUGAUGCUAGUAAUUUUGGUUUGGGUGCUGUACUCUUGCAGAAGGAUACGGAUGGAGAACUCCACCCUGUAGCCUAUCUGAGUAAAAAGCUAAUAGAGCGAGAGCGCCAUCUAGCGACCAUUGAGAAGGAGUGUCUUGCUAUAGUUUGGGCCCUGGAGAAAUUAAGGCCGUAUCUUUGGGGACGUCACUUCCAAUUGCAAACGGAUCACUCUCCCCUGUGCUGGUUGUCCAGAAUGAAGAAUUCAAACCAAAAACUAUUGAGGUGGGCUCUGUUAUUACAAGAUUUUGAUUUUACCAUAAAUCAUGUGGCUGGGAAGAAUAAUAAAGCCGCCGAUGCUCUAUCUCGUAUGUAUCAUUUAGAUGAUUAAUGCUGAUCUUGUGAUUUGUAACUGAUCUUGCCAUGUUAUGCCUGAAAUUCUUUUUAAUAAAUGUAUAAUUUAGUUUGUAUUUUAAGGUGAUAAUCUUUUUUGAUGUCUUCUAGAGCGAUGAUAUCAAAGGUGUUCAACCUUUGAUGUCAUCUUCCUCGAAAGGGGGCGUGUCAUGCCUGUUUGAUCCCCUUAAUUAUUUUCCUGGGUCCCUGGUCAUAGAUAGUUAAAUCCUUUGAUAUUUUUUCAUCCCGGAGACCCGGUGAUUUUUACAGCCCCAGCUGUAUCAGCUUACUGCAAAUUGGCACCUCUUUAUCAGCAAGAGGGGCCUGGUUCCGUCAAGGCCGUAAAAACUCCUACGGCUUGUUAUGGGAAACCAGGAGGGACGGGGCCUGGUACUGUGGGAACAUCGUUUCAUCAUUCCUGUGCUGGAACUGCUAAAUUAGUUGAUUGCUCCCAGCUGAGGCAAGGAUUUUUCUCUAUAAGAGAAGGCCUCAGCUCUUGGGCUGUGUUCCACUUGUGGGCACCACCUUGCUUAUGGUGAUGCUCUGCGGUGGCUCCACUAUACUUCCUGACUGGCCGUCCCUGAGGGGAAGGACACUAACUCCUGAGACAGAGCUGAGGCUUGUAAGUACAAUUGAGGCAGUUAGUUUUAUUAUUUUCAUUUUUGUGCCAAGAACCUUUAUAUCUUGUUUGUUAUAUACCUUGCCCCUUUUGGGUGUUGGUUUUAGGAUUUGAUUUGCUGCUCCAAAUUAAUUGUAUGUACCUUUUUAUCUUUUGUACCCUUUACCCCUUUUCUUAUUUUCUUUUUUUAAUAAACUUUACUUAUUUUAAAGCAACGUGUGUUUAUUCCAGAGAAGGGGUUCAGUUACUAAGUUCAGUCCUGGCUGCUUGACCAAACUACCGUGUACUAGAGGAACAUUUUCACUUAAGACUUCUGAAGGGGCCAGGAGGGUAUUGAGCCUCUGGUCCUGAGAGGCUUGGGUGUUCAGUGGGCUCUGGGGGUCCCUUCACCCCAGAGUGUUUAACCAAUAGAAGGGUGGUGGCAGUACUACCGUGCAGGGUUGGUGUAAGCAUACACAGCCCUAGCAGACCAGGUUGCUAGGAUCAAUUGCCCAAGGUUGGGGAUUGAUUCCUGGGACAGUAAAAGUAGGAGGAGGGGAACU